UCUGUGCACGUGGGGAAAUCUUUGCUUUAAGAAACGUGGCCUUAGCGGGUCACCGGCUUGCUGGUUGGCGUCUCGUCCAUGACACGCAUACGGUUGCAACUUCUAUCUCCGACUGUCCGCCUGUUUUCUGUCCACUUCCAGCGACACCCGACACCCUUGCUUAAACAGCCGCCAUCCCUGGCGAGACAUGUCUGAAGUGGAAAAAACCGUGGCUUCGGCUUCGGAGCCCACCGCCGCGAUGCUGGACGCCCUGAACGCCAACGGGACGGAGGCGCUCAACGCGACCGCCAAGUUCGUGGCCACGCCGGAGGGCACGGCACUGGCAUACGGCAGCCUGGUGGUCAUGGCUCUGGUGCCCAUCUUCUUUGGAGCCUUGCGCUCCGUGGCCUGCUCCAAGUCCAAGGAUCUCGGAGAAAAAGCAUACGAGUCAGGGUUCCGAAAUGCGUCAGACAUGCCAGAGACCAUCACCAGUCGAGAUGCUGCCCGAUUCCCCAUCAUCGCCAGCUGUACUCUCUUUGGACUCUACCUUUUCUUUAAGGUUUUUUCUCAAGAGUACAUAAACCUACUUCUAUCUGUCUACUUCUUCGUGCUUGGCGUCCUGGCGCUGUCUCAUACAAUGAGUCCUCUUCUGUCCAUGGUGUUUCCAGCUUCUAUACCAAACAAGCAGUACCAGCUGCUCUUCACACAGGGUGUCGGUGAGGCCAAAGAAGAGAUCAUCAACUAUGAGUUUGACACCAACAACCUGGUAUGUUUGCUUGCCAGCAGCGUCGUGGGAGUGUGGUACGUUCUCAAAAAGCACUGGAUCGCCAACAACCUCUUUGGCCUGGCCUUUGCCCUCAAUGGGGUUGAGCUACUGCAUUUGAACAAUGUCAGUACUGGAUGCAUCCUGCUGGGGGGGUUGUUUGUCUAUGACAUCUUCUGGGUAUUUGGUACCAAUGUCAUGGUGACAGUUGCAAAGUCGUUUGAGGCACCUAUCAAACUGGUGUUUCCUCAAGACUUGUUGGAGAAAGGUCUUGACGCCAGCAACUUCGCCAUGCUGGGUCUGGGUGACAUCGUCAUCCCGGGCAUCUUCAUUGCACUCCUGUUGCGUUUUGACAUCAGCCUGAAAAAGAACAGCAGGACAUACUUCUACUCCAGCUUCUUGGCUUACAUCUUCGGACUGGGCCUCACCAUCGUGAUCAUGCAUACUUUCAAGCAUGCACAGCCCGCUCUGCUCUACCUGGUACCAGCCUGUGUCGGCUUCCCAGUUUUGGUGGCCCUCUUCAAAGGAGAACUUACCGAAAUGUUUAGGUACGAGGAGUCCUUUGAAGAGGAGGUGCUAGCUAAAGAUGGCCCGUCAGAAUCGCUGAAGAAGGAACAAUAGCAUUUAUUCACUGACCCCACCUGCCUCGCAAACACCACAUUUUGCCUGGCACCGGCCACCACAUCCCAUCUAGCUGCCUCCCGCCAGAACUUUUGAUCACUUUUCAUUCUGGACCUUUAUUGCCAGCAGGGGUGGGGGGACAGGGAACAAGAAGCCCACUUCCACCAACAAGAUGCAAGAAUGAGUAGAUGGGGGCAGGGACUUCUCAAAAUUGAUGACCACAAUGUUAAGAUGGGUAGAGGCGAGGGGGGGGGGGAUAAAAUUAUUUUGAGUUUGCUGAAAAAUUCAGAACUCAUAACGUCUGUUCAUCUUUACCUAUGAUGAAGAAAAGGAGCGCGAGUUAUUUUAAUUCUUAGAAAUGAAUCUUUUGGACAGCAAAAAAAUCACACAAUUUUGAUGUGCCUUUUUCCACCCCUAAUUUAGUAUUGUAAUUACUACAAUACCCAACAUGAAAUAUUGUCAUGUGAUCAUAAAUUGCUUUCGAAGGGCUGUUCCAGCAUUUAGUAUAAGGUAAGUUAUUGUUAUUCUUGCUUUCCAACAAUGAAACCAUGAUAAGCCCCUCCCCUCAUCUGCGCUCUUGCAUGUAAAUGUUGAUGACAUCAGGGUUGAAGGUCAUCACAUCUUUUUCCAUGCUUUUUUUUCUCCUGUUUAUCUUUUUGUUUAAGGAUUUGUUUUUUUUAGGUUUAUAACUAUAAGGUUAAAGGGAAGGUCAAAUGGUGUUUCACAAUAAAACCUCAUUUCAGUGAAAGUUUUUUUUUUUAAUCGCGCUUGGUGCUUCGAUGGUUAAGAGCAUUUUGGAAAGUGCUGUUUAAAUAGUAUUGUAUGGGCUGAAAUUUGUGGCAGUUGAAAUUUAAAUAGCUAAACUUUAACAGCUGUAUUUAAAGUAAAACUAGGUAACUUUUCAACCUUUAAAAAUAUUUUCAUAAGUUAUGGUAUGUCUACUGACAACUAGUUGAAUGACACCUUCUUUAUUUCUUUAGGGGGUCUGUAUCGCUUUCCUUGCUUUGAGGAAAACAAAACACCAAAAUACAAAUGUGUUGACUGCUUUACGGCGUACGUCACUUCCUCCUUCCCCCAUUCGUUAUAAAUACGUAAGUCAAUGCGAACGCUUACGCGUGAAUUCUGCAAAGAUGGAAGAGCAACAAAAGAGGGCCAGUGGGGGUAAUACGGUAUAAAAUUAAACGUUUAUUUUCAACAUUGUUGAAUGCUAUUGUUUAGCCACAACUGGAUUCAUUACCUCAUUACUAUUCAUAUUGGCGCCCCCAGGGGGUGGCCACGGCCACCCCUAUAAAUUUGUUGGCCACCCCACUGGCCACCCUGCUUGCCAGUAUAUCAUUAGAAUGUUGUAGCAUCAGUUAUGCAUUUAAUCCCAAAUGCAAAUCUGCCAGCACCUGCUUUUCCCCAGUAAUUAUUUUGUUUUGUUAAAUGUAGAUCUUAUCCCUAAUAUAUACAUAACAAUUAAUCAGAAUUGUUGUGGAAGUCAAAAUGUUUACUGGACAGUUAUGGACUAUGCACAUUAAAUCAUUAGUAACAUCAAAUAUUACACAAUACACCAAAGUAUAUCGUAGCCGUGUCCUUAAGUCUUUCUGAUAGUUUUCCCCUGACCUUUUUACUGCAAUAAUAUAAUGAAAACCCGAAAUUACAGCUUUUAGUUUUGGUGUGCCACCCCAAGAUUUUAAGUGGCCCCAUCUGGCCACCCCUAUGAAAAAUUUCUGGAGGCGCCACUGACUAUUCAUCCUUCACACAGCCACUAGAAAACAGAAAUGUCGUUCAAUCCAUCUGCAAGUGAGCAGGUAAUCAGGAUAUUAUGACACGAUAAGGAACAGUCUUCCUUUAGGUCCACCUGAGUCGCUAAAAUCGACCAAAACUGAAAAGUUACCUAGUGUCGCUUUAAGAAGUGAAAUAUAUAAAUUUUAAUCUGAAUCAUUGCAUUGAAUAAUUCAAUUUAUACUUGAAGUUAGGGAAUAAUAGCACAAGAGCAUAAAGUGUAUAUUGAAAACGACUUUGAUGGAACGGUGCGAAGCUGUGAAAUCAGUGGUGAAUUUAAAUGCAAAUCUAGUGAUGAGUCAUGGCGAGACUACACGUCCUCAAACCUUUUCCAUCUCUUAUCGUUUGACAUUAAAAGAGUUGUGAACAUUGUGUGUAAAACUUGCAUUAUUUGCUUAUUAUUUCCCCUUUACAUCCUCAGGGUAAUUGUCACGUGCAAAAUGAAAGUGUGACUGGCCAAGAGGAUAUUUGUUUCCUACAAUCAACAGCGUUUCCUCAAGUACCUAAUGUGUGUCACGUCAACAUUUAUUGGGUCAUUUAUAGACUUUGAGUCACACCAUUCAUAUUGUGUUUCAAUUGAGGUACUAACAUUAAUGCAAUUUCUAACUAUUUAAUUCCAAUUGUUUUCGUUUUUUUAACUUCCAAGUUUGGCAUUUCAGGUUUCUUUUUUUGGGUGUCAUAAAUAUUUGCUCUCUGAAUCUGAGAUUACUCAAGUUUUAAAUGGUUAAUGCUUGAAUUUGCUGUUGCUUUCUUUUCUCUUUUUCUACAUGUUAAGGAGGGAAAAGGGCAUCAUGCUCAUGUACAGCUGUUUGAAGAUUGCAUGUUAAUGUUUUUGUCGGUGCAUAAAGAAGCAAAACUUAACUCA